AAAGAGUUAAUGCGAAACAAAUUAUUUAAUGUAUUUUAGCUGUCAAAAUUUUAUCUGACUAGAUCAUCCAAUUAAUUAUGUUCAAAACAUUUUAAAAUAAAAAAAGUGCACACAAAAAUAUGUAAUUUUUAAAACAUAUCUUUAUGUUGGAUAACCGAUGUUUUCCCUCUCAAGUUGUUUUAAACAAUUUAUCCUUUCUCCUGUCCCUACACAUUUAUGUGGGAGGACGUGCAAUGUGUAAAAUUGUGUGGUUCGCAAGAUUGUUAAAGUUAGGAUUAAGGUUAAAGUACCAACGAUGAAUAAUUUCCCCUGAGAUUGUAAGAUCAAAAACAUGCAAUCUGAACUUCUCUGUCAAAAGCAAUGUUCACAGCACAUAUUCAGUCAAAAGGCACUGUUAUUUGUAAGUUGAAUAAUAUUUAUACAGUAUUUAGGCCACAGACACAAAAGGCGACUAUAUUAAAAAUUAAAACGUAAAUAGAGAAAUAUCAUCACUUAGUGUAUGUCUUUAAUGAUUCUUCAUAACAUUAAUUGAAGUAAGUAGUUAAUUACAUUCCAACUGUUAUUACCAUCAUUUAUGUUCUGAUAACAAUCACCUGUAAUGUGUGUUUUAUGCUUCCAGGACUUCAGUUCUUCGUCUCCGCCACUGCGUGGUAUUGUAAGCUGUGUGACACAUGGAUCGGUGAUCUUCACUGUGCAUCUGUCCACCUCAAGUCUGCUCUGCAUUCUGAAAAAUAUUCUGCUUUCACGGAAACUAAUCCUCACUGGGAAGUUGACUGGCUUGCUAGAAGAACUCGUGCUUAUGAGCAAACUGCUGAAGAUCGGAGUCGGAUAGAUGUCAGCAAACAGCAGAUAAGUAAGCAUAUAAAAAAUGAAUCAUCACAGUCUCCUUCACUAUCAGAAUUAAUCAGAAGUGAUGGCAUUGUACUUAAGUCAGAUAAAUCAAAACUGGUGAAGACAGCAAGUGAACAACUUAUGUCAGCUCUUCAAGAUAGUACAGAGAAAGACAAUGAAAAACAUACGAAAGAAUCAUCAGGUAAACGGAAAAAAAAGUCACGGUCAACCUCUUCUAGCUCUAGUUCAAGUUCAAGCUCUUCCAGUAGCUCUUCUUCUUCUGAUUUUAAAUUAAAAAAUAUUGAGGAUGAAAGUAUCAGAAUUGCUAUGAGGAAAAAGAAAAAUAAAAUUAAUGAAUCUACUCCACAACAUUUAAUUCUUCCUGAGAUUCAAAAAUUAAAGAGUAAGUGGGAUUCUCCUGAAAAAGAAAUGAUUGAAAAUGUAAUUAACAAAGAAGGAACAUUAGAAACCAUGGCUGGAGAUGAUAAGUUGCUUAGAGAAUGGAUGGAAAUAGCUAAUAAACCAAAUCCUGAUGAACAGAUUUUAAAUGAAUUGUCUAAUCGAAUGAAGUUAAAACAACAGAUUGAUAAAUCUAUUAAAAAACUUAAUGCCAUUGAGAAGCAAAAAGCAGAUAGGGAGGAAAGGCUUAGAAAUCACCACGAAGAUAGAAGGAAAAGUUCUUCACGAGACAGAAGAAAUGAAAAAUCAGAUAGAUAUGAAAAGAGAAAAGAUAACACAGAGAGAUAUGACAAGAGAUAUGGAAGCUCACAUAAAAAUAUUAGAAAGGAUGACAAAUCUGGAAGUAGUAGUAGAUCAAGUAAACAAAGAUAUAGCGACAAGGCAUCUGAAAGAGGGUAUAAAAAGGAUAGCAAACCUAAAUUGGAAUCAAAAUCUAUUUCUUCUAGACAUUCAGAUGGAAAAUUCAAAUCUGAAGAAGGUAGGACAAAAAAUGAAGAUACUGAAAAAAUAAAGGAGGAUAAACCAGUAAAACCAGACAAGUCUAUUGUAAGCCGCAAAGGGUUAUGGGUUCCUUCAAAAAGUGCACUGGAUCCUAAUGGCAGUAGCUCAGACAAUGAAGCAGAUGGACAAAAAUCUGACAAAAGUCCAUUUGAAUCUAGUUUUCAGAAAAAAGAGAUUAAAAAAACAAUUUCUAUAAAUGUAUCCAAAACAAAACUUCCAUUUAUUGGGAAGAUGCCUUUUAUGAAUAAGUUUGGGCCUAAAAAGUCUGAUGAAGUUCCACAAGGAUGUGAAAAUAAGGUAGUUGGUGAAGAAAAAGUCGAAAGUGAUGAAAUGGAAAAUCGUAAUUUAAUUUGGCCUAAUAUUCCUCAAGUAGAACAUCAUGAACCUGAACAAAAGGUUCAGUCUAAUGAAGAAUCCACUCAGAAUAUAAAAACUGAAAUUAAUACCUCUGGAGAGGUAUCAAUCCAGAAGACCAGUCAAGAUAAACAACCAAAUCCAAAUACUCUAAAUACUAAUCUUACUCCCACCAGCAAAGCUAAUAUAGAAGCUCAAACAUCUAUAAUGAUGCCAGUAAAAACAACUUUAGCACAAAGAGUAGCUACUGCCAAGAAGCUUGUAGCCUCAAUGACUAAAACAGAGCAUACAUCUGAUGGCCCAGUCGAUAUGGAAAUAGAUGAUGAGGAUAAACCAGAAGAAUCUUUGCCUAUUGAUUUUCAAACCACAUUAGAAAUCCUGUUUCCUGCAGAAAAUCCAGGAUCACAUAUAAUAGAAGUAACAGAGGUACCACCUAGUUCAGGAGAGGAUGUACGUGAGUUACAAACUAAAAAUUCUCCGAAUAUAUCUAAUUCAACAUUACAAUCAAAUCAAAUUGCUCCCAAUAUUAACAACCAACCUGGUCUUAAUGGGCAACCAUCUGUGCCAGGUCCAGUAGAACCCUCUGGACCAAACGUUGGAAUUUUGCCAUCACAGAUAGGAGAUAGAAACACACUAUCUACACAUUAUGAACAUUUAGGAUUGGGGCAAAUAAAUCAUAUGGCUUCAGUACCAGGACCAGUGGGGCCAGUCGGAAUUCAUCCAAGUGAUCAAGGACCUAUUCCAAUAGAUGUUAGAAUUAAAGAGUCCAGACCAGUCGGAACUGUGCAUGUGGGACAAAUGCAAAUGGGUUCUCGACCAAUUGAUUAUGGGCAGAUGAGCUCAAGGGCACCAGGGCCUGGAUCAAUGGAUUGUGGUCCAAUGGGGCCAGGACCAAUGCUUGAUCAUGGGCCAAUGGGACCAGGAAUGAUGGAUCGAGGGCCAAUAGGACCAGGGCCAAUGAAUCAUGGGCCAAUGGGGCCAGGAUCAAUGGGACCGGGAAUGAUAGAUCGUGGUCCAAUAGGACCAGGACCAAUGAAUCAUGGGCCAAUGGGACCAGGGCCAAUUGAACAUGGUCCAAUGGGGCCAGGACCAAUGGAUCGUGGUCCAAUGGGUCCAGGACCGAUGGAUCGAGGUCCAAUGGGACCAGGACCGAUGGAUCGUGGUCCAAUGGGGCCAGGACCGAUGGAUCGUGGGCCAAUGGGGCCAGGACAAAUGGAACGAGGGCCAAUGGGGCCAGGACCGAUGGAACGAGGGCCAAUGGGGCCAGGACUGAUGGAACGAGGGCCAAUGGGGCCAGGACCGAUGGAACGAGUUCCAAUGGGGCCAGGACCAAUGGGACUGGGACCAAGGGGACCUGGGCCUAUGGGACCAAGACCAAUGGAAUGUGGCCCAAUGGGUCCAGUACCAGUACGACCAAGGCCACAUGGACCUAUGAUGGGACCAGGUCCAAGACCUCACUUACUACCUAUGGGAGCACAACCUGUAGGUCCGAGACAAAUGGCUCCACCACCUCCACCUCCUGGAUUUCCAUCUGGUCCUAGACCAGUGAGCCCAGAUAUCUCAGCUGAAGAUUCUUUUAAGAAAAAAAAUCCACCGUCUCAGAAAAAAAGACAGCAAUUAAAACGGCGAAGAGAAGAAUUGGAAGCAAAAGAUAAAGAACUCAAAGAAAAGAUUGCCCAGCAAUUAGAGGUUAUUGCUCAAAAACAGAAGGAUGAAAAGGAGAAAGAAGCAAAGCAAAAAACUCUUGAUGAAUUGGCAAUGCUUGGAAUAGAUGAAAGUGAUUUAGCUGCACAGACUGUUUAAUAAGUUUGCAGUUUUAUGUUAUGAAUACCUAAACUUUGUAAUUUAUUUUUUACAAAAAACUUAUUUAUAAAAUAUUUUUGUACAUAAUGACUCUGUAUGUAACUUCUAUUAAUUAUAAAAAUUUAAUUUUAAUUAGUAAUAAUUCUAGCUAUUGUAAUUAUUAAUUAAUAUUUUGUGACAUUACGGGAAUUCACUAAGCCCUGAGAACACUGAUAUUUCUAUAUAAAUUUAUAGUGGUUCUAUUUAGUCAUAGUAAUAAUUUUUUAUGCUUACAGUAUUUGUUAAUGUAAUUAAUGUAUUUGAUUUCUCCUUUUAAAAUGUCUUGACAAGUUAAGAAUAAAAUUUUAGAUUUAUAA